AUGAUUUUAAGGACCGUCCCAACAAUUUUGUUCAUACUGUUUCUUUUUAGCUACAAUGGAAUCGAAGGUAAGAAGCUCUCUAGAGAAGAAGAUUUGGAAUUGGAGAAGCAACUUAAGCUUAUGAAUAAGCCAGCCGUCAAAACAAUCAAGACAAUGCAUGGAGAUAUAUAUAAUUGUGUUGAUUUCCACCGACAACCUGCUUUUGAUCAUCCAUUAUUGAAGAAUCAUACAUUUGAUUUUAAGAUAUCACUUUCAUCUUAUACCAAGAAGAAGAGAUACGAAUUGAAAGAUAAUUCUACUGUCUUUGAUCCAAAUAAUAUAUGGUUGAAUGGUAAGGGAUGUCCAAUUGGAACAGUUCCCAUCAGAAAAAUUACCAAAAAUGAUUUUCUUAGAGCUAGGUUGGCUUCAGAUAUAUAUGCUUCAAAAUUGAAUCCUCAAUCGGCUGUUGAAACUCCCGGUUUACAUUUUGCUAUAAUUCGCACUAAGGUUGAUCCAGACAAGAAAUAUCAUGGAGGUGGAAUGUCUACAACCUUACAUAAGGUGCAAGUCCAAAGUUCUCAAUCAAGUUAUGCUCGAAUGAAAAUAAAAAACAAUGCAGACUAUAUAGAAGUUGGAUGGAUGGGUGGGGCGUCCCGUUGUUUCAAUACAUUUUGCCCUGGAUUUGUACAUGUAGCUCCAGAUAUCCCUCUCGACUAUGUUUUUCCAGUAACAGAACCGGAUGGAAAAAUCCCAUCUAUUAAAUUCACCAUUGAUCAUGAUAAAUUUGGGAAUUGGUACCUCUAUGGCAGUGAGGAUAAUAGAGUUAUUGGAUAUUGGAAUGAUGGCAUAUUCAUGGAAGGAUUGAACAAAUUUGCUUCAUACAUUGAUUGGGGAGGACAAGUCUAUGGUCCUCCCAACUCACCAAGUGCACCAAUGGGAAGCAGUUUAGAAGUCAGAGGGGACAGAAAACGGGAUGCAUUCUUCUGGGAAGUGGAAUAUGCAAACGAAACAGAUUAUACGAGUGCUGAUAUUGUUGAAGAGUAUGCAGAUGUUGGGGCAUAUAGGGUGAAGGAUGCAGGAAAUGUAGGAGGUCAGCUUGGACAUGUAUUCUUUUAUGGGGGUCCUGGUGGCUACACAGGAUCGUGCUAA